AUGACUUACAACCUAGAGUUCAGGCUGCUAGAUCUUCCUGAUACGUUGUCAAUUGGUCUCCACAUAUCAAAUUCAACGUCUAGUGGGGAAUCAGUUGGAGGGUCAGCUCGUCCACAGGUUUGCGCAUCUCAUGCAAAGAGGUCACCACCUGGUAGGCAAUCGACAUAUUCAGCAGCUGGUGACGAACUGUUGGUACAGCUGAAAGAGGAUGAGAAAUUGCCAUGGGACGAAAUUGCAGAGUUCUUCCCAGGAAGGACCAAAGGGAUGCUGCAAGUGCAUUACUACACAAAGCUGAAGAACCACUCGCAGAUAUCGAAGUGCAAGAAAUGCAAGGGAAUAUGCUCAUCAGGGUUUUCAAUGGACUUAGUUGAGAGCCAGGAGGACUUAGUAAAGGAGGACACAAGGGUUUCUAGAUAA